AUGAACUCGUCAUCUCUUGCGCCAUAUAUGUACCAGCCCUUUGGGGCCGGGACUCAAUACGAAGAGGGCCUGCCCGACUUCGGAGGAUACUUCGACACCCUCGGUACCAACCCUCUUGGAGCUAUCAAUCCCACCGCGCUUCGGUAUGAAGUUAGCAUGGAGGCUAUUGCCCGAGAAUUGGACUUAUACCCUCCUGGAACUCUCCCGCCUCUUCAGGAACAAGCUUGGGAAGGCCCCGUCCUUCCUCUCCUGCCCCCUUACAGGGACUUCAACGAUCCCGCUCCCCGCACUGUAGCUGAGGACGACCAAAUCCCUCCCGAACUGCAACAAGUACUGGACGACUACGCUUCCUUCAACCAUACGUGGACGCUCAAUUUCGAUGGCAUGGACGGAGUCGCUCCUUGCGAAGAACAACUCCCACAACCGCUCCCUCCGUUUCUACCGUCUGCUCCGUCACUUCCGGCCACUGGUCCCACUUACGGGGUAGCGACCAAGGGACGCUACUCUGGCAUGUACGUUGAAAUCCCAAAAGCCUUGCCACCGUCGGGAAGGAUCACCAGGAGCAUGGCCAAGAAAGAUACGCCGGAGAAGGUUCAGAAGGUUCACAAAAAGGUCCAAGAGAAGGUUCAAGAGAAGAAGAAGACCCGCAGUUCGAUUCAGAAAAAGGCAUUCCACAGAUUCCACCAGAAGAAUCAAAGCAAGGAUGAUUAUGUUGUGCGCUGCUUCUGUGAGAAAUGCCACGAACUGAUUCAGGACACCGCGUCGAGUCGUGGACGCCAUGACAAAUACUACUGUCCCUUUGGAGAGAAGUUUGUCCCAACGUGCCCGGACUGCCAUGAGCCAUUUGCCCGGCUAGACUCCGUUGGUCGGCAUCAAAGGAACUCACGCGCGGCGUGUCUUGAGACCCAACGCACCAAAGGGCUGCUUCUGUCGGACGAGUAA